AUGUUGAAGAUAUGGUCGAUGAAGCAGCAGCAGCAGAAGAAUGAGGCGGCACAGGGUCCGACGAAGAAGAAGAAGGUGACGGCGGCGCAACUGCGAGUACAGAAAGAUCUUUCCGAACUCGCCCUCCCCCAAACUAUGAAAACAACCUUCCCCAAUCCCGACGACAUCCUUAACUUCGUCCUCCACCUCACCCCCGACGAAGGCCUCUACAAAGGCGGCGCCUUCACCUUCUCCUUCGCCAUCAGCCAAAACUUUCCCCACGAGCCGCCAAAAGUGAAAUGCCAGCAGAAAAUCUACCACCCCAACAUCGAUCUCGAGGGGAACGUCUGCCUCAACAUAUUGAGAGAAGAUUGGAAACCGGUGUUAAAUUUAAAUGCGGUGAUUGUCGGGUUGCAGUUCUUGUUUCUGGAGCCGAAUGCGAGUGACCCGUUGAACAAGGAUGCCGCGCAGGAUUUGCAGGCGGAUCGGGAUCGGUUUAAGAGGAACGUGAGAAGUGCUAUGGCAGGAGGGAGUGUGGGGAAGGAGACUUUUGAUCGGGUGGUGAGGUGA